AUGGUCACCCACAGCAAGUUUCCCGCCGCCGGGAUGAGCCGCCCCCUGGACACCAGCCUGCGCCUCAAGACCUUCAGCUCCAAGAGCGAGUACCAGCUGGUGGUGAACGCAGUGCGCAAGCUGCAGGAGAGCGGCUUCUACUGGAGCGCCGUGACGGGCGGCGAGGCGAACCUGCUGCUCAGCGCCGAGCCCGCGGGCACCUUCCUCAUCCGCGACAGCUCGGACCAGCGCCACUUCUUCACGCUCAGCGUCAAGACCCAGUCGGGGACCAAGAACCUGCGCAUCCAGUGCGAGGGGGGCAGCUUCUCGCUGCAGAGCGACCCCCGGAGCACGCAGCCCGUGCCCCGCUUCGACUGCGUGCUCAAGCUGGUGCAUCACUACAUGCCGCCCCCCGGCGCGCCCUCCUUCCCCGCUCCACCGACUGAACCCUCCUCCGAGGUGUCGGAGCAGCCGCCUUCCCAGCCGCUCCCCGGGAAUCCCCCCAGGAGAGCCUACUACAUCUACUCCGGGGGCGAGAAGAUCCCUCUGGUGUUGAGCCGGCCCCUCUCCUCCAACGUGGCCACGCUCCAGCAUCUCUGUCGGAAGACGGUCAAUGGCCACCUGGACUCCUACGAGAAAGUCACCCAGCUGCCUGGGCCCAUUCGGGAAUUCCUGGACCAGUACGAUGCCCCGCUUUAA